AUGACAAGAGUAGAAUCCCCCAUUGCAGCUCCAGUAGUGGAGAAUGACUCAUAUAUCAUUUCAAUCUUGCAGCCUGGCAAGUGGUUUGACAGACCACCCCUGUUACCUCCCAACCCAAGAUUACAUGAUACAGCCAGAGCUAUUAAAGCAGAAGUCAAUGAAAUAUUGCAAGCGCUGAAAAGACACAUACCUGCAGUAAAUCAAACUCAAUUGGAACUCACCAGCAGUGGCGCACACAGCCUGGUCACCUUAAUGAACCCAAAGGAGAAUUACUGUGUGGGAGAGAUCGUCAGUGUCCGAGUGGAGAUGAACGACUUCCGGGGCAAACCCAAGACAUACGGAGGAGACUUCAUUCUGGCUCGGAUCCAUUCUCCAGAGCUGAAAGCAGGAGCGGCCGGCGUGCUUGAGGAUUUCAACAACGGGACCUACCGCGUCAACUUCACCUUGUUUUGGCCGGGCAGCGUGAAAGUUUCGGUGCUUCUGAUACAUUCAAGCGAAGUGCUCUCGACAUUAUGGCAAGCUAAAGAGUAUUGCAAUGAUAAAUUUAUUUUCACAGGCACCUUUCGUAACAGCACGCUACAGGAGACAUCUAGAUGUGACAUUCAUCUGAGCACAAAUGAAACUGUCUGCGAAUUCAAAGACGAGAGGAACCAGGAGUCGUUUUUCUGUUUCAAACCUAAAACACUGCCGUGUGAGACCCUGCAUUGCACAAGCUCGAAUAACAGAAAACCAUCCUGUCUGGCCGAAGCUGAGAUUCAAAUUCUGGAGAGGUUUAAGGUUGGUGUGACAAUCCAAAAUGAGUUCCAAGACAUUACAGUGGUUACCUGUAAAGAUCGUGUUCCACAAGCUGUUGGGAAUUGUGAGAUGGGAAUGAGCUCUCCUACCCCCAGUGGAUUUUUCCAUUCAGGCAGGUGGAGUUCUUCCUAUUGCAGAAUGAGCAGCUUCCAAAGUGUGAGCGACAUGAACCAGUGCCUUCAGGGGAAACAGGUUUACCUGCGGGGCGACUCUACAAUGCGCCAGUGGAUUGAAUAUUCCACAUACAAACUAAACGACCUGAAGUACACAAGUAAAACAGAGCCCCAGGCACCCAAGCUAGCUAUUGACAAGAGGAGAAACAUAACCAUAUCCUGGAAGAUGCACGGAUUCCCUUGCGUUUCAAAUGCUCCAUGCUUCAUCAGUGGUGGCAUAUAUAUUGUUCGAGAACUGGACAGACUCGCUGGAGGGGAGAACACUGUUGUAGUUAUCUCAAUUGGUCAGCACCUUCGUCCUUUCCCCUUGAAGCUCUAUGUUACAAGAAUGGUGAACAUCAAGCAUGCUGUCGCAAGACUUCUUCAGAGAAGCCCUUUAACCAGGGUGUUUGUUAAAUCAGAGAACACCAGAGAACUCAACUCUUACAUGAUCCAAAUGAACAACUGGCACGGUCACCUCCAAAACCUGGCUCUGAAGGAGGUGUUUAGGGGGGUGAAAGUGGGGUUCAUAGACGCUUGGGACAUGACUUAUGGGCUAAACGGAGUGCCAGGUCACAACAAGGUGCCUCUGUAUGAGAUAUCCAACGUGAAAUACAAUAGAAUCCUGUUCUACAGGAUGCACCAAAUCCAGGAUUCGGUUUCGGAUUCAGCCUAA